AAGGGUGUUAACAGUCAGCUAUCCCUAGAAAAUGGCGAAUGAUUGCUAUCCAGACAAGAUCUACUUGAAAUAUUCAGAAACAGCAUUUUCAUUGCAACAAAUGUGAGUGAGUUUUUAAAGCUUGGACAAGGGAAUAACCAAAGGGAUAGAAGGGUUGUGUACCUGCAGCUACGUCAAACGUUUCACAUGUACUGCGCCACAGUGUGAAUGUUUAUGUGAACAUUUAUAGGACAUAACGCACUUACGUCGUGCAAGGUUGAAAGGCAUGGGCAUUAAAGCUUGGCUGUGCCUUCAGAGACGAUUUCUGUGGUUAAUAGUAGUCGGAGUUGUUGUCGUGGUGAUUGUGGCUCGAAAUGGCUUCGACUUAGGAAGAGACAGCAAGGACACCACAGCACAAGGCUACCAUAACCUGCCAUGGAUGCCUGAGAUUUUUGCCAAAUACAGUGCAGAGCGGAAUCAAAUUACACAGGAAGGUUGGAGUGGCGAUACUGAUAACCCGUCCAAGAAUGGUACACAACAUCUUAGCUUAAUUGACGCUGCGAUGAUUUCUAAAAGGUACUUUCACAAAGAUGCAUAUUUGCAGGCUUCUGUAUUGACAUCUGACGCUGGUUGCAUGAACUUAGAAAAAAUCAGUCGAGACAAUGCCUUGGUUCUUGGUCAUCGCAGAAAAGACAGAGGCUUCCUUACGAUCGGAAUCACAACAGUAGAGCGAGUAAAUGCCAGCUACCUUUACCAGACCCUAGAAUCUCUGAUAGCUCAUGCAAAUGCCACUGAACGGUCACAGAUCAGUAUCGUCGUCUUUGCUUGUGACUUUAAAGAGAAGGCUCGUCAAGAAGCUCGUAAUAUUGUGUCCAGAUUUCCAGAACAUCUAGAAAGUGGGUUACUGCAUCUGAUCGAAGCACCAAGGCUAUUCUAUCCGCCACUCAUCAACUUGAAAAGAACGUUCGACAAUCCAGUUGAACGCGUUUAUUGGCGAUCGAAAGAAAACAUUGACGGCGUCUUUCUCUUUGCCUACUCUGCAAACAUGUCUGACUACUAUCUGCAAUUGGACGAUGAUUUUACGACGGUACCUGGGUACAUCAGGACAAUCAGGAAGUUCAUAGCUCAGCAUCAAGCUGAUCACUGGAUUCUCUUGGACAUCUCGGAAAAAGGGACAGGGAAGCUAUUCCGGGACAGAGACGUGUUGCAUGUGGCUCGGUAUUUAGUUCAGUUUUACCAAGAACAACCUAUAGAUUUUCUCUUUAGUAGUCUGAUGCGGCUUCAUCUACAGAAACGCCAUUUUGUUGUAAACCCUCACAUUUUCAAGCACAUAGGAAAUGUUUCGUCGUUAGAGUUGAAAAAUAAAGCACGCCAAAUUCACUAAAACUUAUUACAAAAAAACUGUUAUCGUUUUGCAGUGCAAUUGCCUAAUCUUCAAAAGGGACAUUAAUAUGAUAAAAAUAUGAAUAUUUCCACGUUAUUUACACCUGAGCAGAAUAGAAGAGCCGAACAUGUUUAACUAUGCGAUGCUGAUUUUUUUUUUACUACAAGUACAACGUUUAGAGAGACAUCUAAGUGCUCCAAAUGUAACUUGUUUUCGCUUGUAGGUGUACUGUUCUAACAGGCAUUUGGGAGCCAUUUUGUUUUUUUAUGCUGCCAAUUUCCAUAUUCAUGAAGAAAACUGUGAAGUCAUCAGAGGGAAAAUCUCAAUGUUCCAUUGAUUAGUAAACAAAUUUUGCUAUUCUAAAUUUCCUGUACUUUUGUGAUUUGUUGUGUAAGUACAUGCCUGGCAACAAGCAAACAAACACUGCUCCCAGAAAUUUUUCAAAGAGUAGAUUAUUGCAACCACAAUUUAACAGAAAAGCAUAUAAACUGAACAGGGUUUUUCCUCCCAAAAUUGACACUACAGCAUUCGCACCCUCAGUUAUUCAGAAAGCAUGAGGAACAUUCAUCAAAGACAACCCCACAACCGUGACUUCUUUCAUGCAUUCCGCUUAAGUAUAUAAACACAUGAAAAUAGAGAAAUGAAAUAAACGCAAUAAAAAUGGAGACUGUGCAUAUA